CACCUUGUAGACCUACACCAUGGCCUUUGUUUUCUCACCAUUUCGUUCCUCGACCUGCAGCCUUCCUGGUCUCGCUCCUUCAAGCAUCAAAACUAGGGUUAAGCUGUCUGUUCUGCUUCACUUUGCGGAUCGUAACAAUCGAACUCCAAUCGGAUCCAAGUCUAUGAACCAACCGGGCGGAUCCGAUGUCUUCCCGUCCCAAAAUGACGGCUCGAAGGCGGAGAAGACGGAGGACGUGGUGGUGCAGUACGUGGUGCUGAGGAGGGACCUGAUAGACACGUGGCCGCUGGGGAGUAUUGUAACACAGGGGUGCCAUGCAUCCGUUGCUGCCAUUUGGUCCCAUAAGGACGACCCUCACACUGCAGAGUAUUGUAGUUCCCAAAACAUCGAUUCAAUGCAUAAGGUGACACUUGAGGUGAAGGGAGAAGCCCAGAUUUUGAACUUGUCGGAGAAGCUGACUGCGGGUGAGAUUGCUCAUAAACUCUGGGUUGAACAGCCUGAAAAUAUUCCUACAUGCCUUGCUACUAAGCCUUAUCCCAAAUCCCUUGUAUCCUUGUUUUUCAAAAAACUGAAACUAUGCAAGUGAUAUAAUUUUUCAUUUACUUUUUUUUUUUUUUUUUUUUUCCUUCUUCUUCUUGUAAGGGUUUUAGGGGGUUUCAUUGAU